AUGUCUACCUCAACAACAGCUGUCCGUACGUUCAGGAUGCCUAAAUCUUUAAAUGAAUCCCUGAUUACAUUAGGGGAAUCUCCUGCCGAUGCUGCACCAGACGCAAAUCGAUCAAUGGAAGGAGCAAAGAAGGUCAACGAUGGCUAUUCAAAGGACCAAAGAGAUCCUCUUGCUAGCAAUCAGCCAAAACAUGAGCAAGGAAUUACUUUUGCCGCACAAGACAAGUUACCAAAGCUACCAAUACCAGAGUUGGACGGCAGCAUGACGAAAUAUCUAGCAGCUUUAAAGCCAUUACAGUCACCAAGAGAGCAUGCAGAAACUAAACAAGCAGUGGAAGAAUUUAUGAAAAACGAUGGACCGGAACUUCACGAGAGACUGAAGAAGUAUGCAAAUGGAAAGACUAGUUAUAUUGAGCAGUUUUGGUACGACUCAUACCUCAACUUUGACAACCCUGUGGUUCUAAACCUCAACCCAUUUUUCUUACUUGAGGAUGAUCCGACACCUGCAAGAAACAACCAAGUAACUCGUGCAGCCUCAUUAGUGAUAUCUGCAUUGUCUUUCGUACGCGCAGUUAGAAGAGAAGAGUUACCUCCCGACACAGUAAGAGGCACGCCUCUCUGCAUGUAUCAAUACUCGAGAUUAUUCGGCACCGCACGUGUGCCUACUGAGAAUGGAUGCCACAUUGGACAAGAUCCAGAAUCAAAGCAUCUUGUAGUACUUUGUCAUGGACAAUUUUACUGGUUUGAUGUUCUUGAUGACAAUUCGGAUCUAAUCAUGACUGAAAGAGACGUCUCGAUUAAUUUACAAACAAUCGUCGAUGAUGCGCAACAAACUCCUAUACAAGAUGCCGCUAAAGGUGCACUUGGUGUUCUCAGUACUGAGAAUAGAAAAAUCUGGUCAGGUCUUAGAGACGUUAUGACCAGAGAAGAAGGAUCAAAUAAUGCAGAUUGUCUUGGAAUAGUAGAUUCUGCCUUAUUUAUACUCUGCCUGGAUUAUGCAGAGCCCAAUUCCCAGGCAGAUUUAUGUCAAAACAUGCUCUGUGGAACUAGUCAAGUUGAGAAGGGUGUUCAAAUCGGAACAUGCACGAAUCGUUGGUACGACAAAUUACAAAUUAUCGUCUGCAAAAAUGGCAGUGCAGGUAUCAAUUUUGAACAUACUGGUGUAGAUGGACAUACCGUUCUUCGAUUUGCAAGCGAUGUGUAUACAGACACAAUCCUCCGUUUCGCCCGUACAAUCAAUGGACAGGCGCCUAGUCUCUGGGCAUCGAACAGUCCAGAUCCAGCUAAGCGUGAUCCGGCUAGUUUUGGAGAUGUAAGCACUACUCCUCACAAACUAGAAUGGGAUAUGAUCCCCGAACUUAGUAUUGCCGUUCGUUUUGCGGAAACUCGUCUUGCAGAUCUCAUUCAACAAAAUGAAUUCCAAACCCUCGAUUUCGCAGCUUAUGGAAAGAAUUUCAUGACGAGUAUGGGAUUUUCUCCAGAUGCUUUCGUGCAGAUGGCAUUCCAGGCCGCAUAUUAUGGUUUAUAUGGUAGGGUUGAAUGUACCUAUGAGCCAGCGAUGACGAAAGUCUUUCUUCAUGGAAGAACUGAAGCUAUACGAUCCGUUACGCCUGAAUCAGUCGAUUUCGUACAGAAAUUUUGGGCUGAAAAUCCUCCAGAACAAAAGGUUGAGGCGUUGAAGAAAGCUUGCCAGAAACAUACAGCUAAUACGAAGGAAUGCGCGAAAGCCCAAGGAUGCGAUCGCCACUUGUAUGCUCUAUUCAGUGUAUGGCAAAAAGCAGUUGACGAAGAUGGCGCAGAGGCUGCUAGUAGUAAUGGACUGAGCAGCAAUGGAUACUCCAGCCCCGUUGAAACAGGUUCAUCUAGAGACAACUCUAUAGUUGGGAGCCCAGGCCGGAAUUCAAUAUUGAGUGAUGGUAAUGAAGUCGAGCGUCGCUCAUCCCGCGCUCGAGGCAAUUCCAGCCCGGGAUCAUCGAACCAUUCCAUGCCUCUUCUUUUCGCAGACAGCGGUUGGGAUAAACUCAACACAACUGUCCUCUCAACAUCCAAUUGCGGUAAUCCAUCACUUCGCCAAUUCGGAUUCGGUCCUACUUCCGGUGACGGGUUUGGAAUUGGAUAUAUUAUUAAGGAUGAGGGGAUUAGUAUAUGUGCUAGCAGUAAGCAUCGUCAAACAAAACGCUUUGUAGAUGCUCUUGAGAGUUAUUUGCUCGAAAUUAGGAGGGUGUUAAAAUCUACGAGAAGAGGCACAAGUCCAAAGGCUAGUAGAGCGAGAGAAGCUAGUGCUAAUAGACCCACUGCGGGGAAGAAGUUGAAGAGUAGAGGAAGAGUUAUUAGAGCUGCGGAGUUGGGUAAGAGAACACCCGGGACGAUGACGCCGGCUGAUGAGAGUGCGGCUGUUAGUGAUGAUGAGGGAUUAGGUGGAUAUGGAUUCUUCGACGCAGGCAUGCUACUCCAAGCUCUCAAAGCAAGAGGUGAAGGUCUAGACGAUUCAACUACGAGACCUUCCGAACGCGCUAAUGCUAAUGCGAGAAGGAGGGAAAUUGGAAAGAAAUUAAGAUUGAGUGAGUAUUAA